CUGUUACUUUUUUUCGACGUACACACGCGUUUUGUUAUUUUGCGCGAUUAAUUAAUGGCAAAAAUUAGAAAAAAAUUAAAUAACGAGACGAAAUAACGAAAACACCAGCGGCCGAGCAAGUGUGCGUGCGAGAGUGUGUGUGAGUGCUGUGUCUGUGUGGGCGUUUAUAAAUAAAACGCUGCGAAGCUGUGUGCGAAAAGCAGACGCGGAUAAAGAAGUAAAAGAAUGAGCGCAACCAAAAACAAGAGCGAAGGAAAGAUAGAAAGUGUUUUUUAUUGAAAUUCGUUGAAAAGUUUUAAAUUUACUAAAACCGAGAGGCGAAAGUGCAACAGAGCGAAAGAGAGAGCGAUAAAUAGCGAGCUAUCCUAUCCGAAACCGAUCUGAAUCAGUAUCUGAAUCCGAAUCCGAUUUAUCAACCUGUUAAGCGAAGUGGAGCCACAAACCGAGUGCUUAAAUGGAUGCAACAUCAAUAAUAACGCAAGUUUCCCGCGACGACGAGCAACUGAACGUCUAUCCCAGCUAUCCCAAUGACAAAGACGAUGUGGAUCGUUUAAAGCCACAGAAGCGAGGAUUAUUCCAUUCUCUGCUCUGCUGCUGGCGACGAAACCGAACGAAAACCAAUCAGAAUGGCACACAAAUCGAUGGUUCGACAACACCGCCACCAUUACCGGACCAACAAAGGUACCUACUACCUCAGGUUAGGCUUACCGAUAUGCACAGAAAGUGCAUGGUGAUCGAUUUGGAUGAGACGCUAGUGCACAGUAGUUUUAAGCCCAUACCGAAUGCUGAUUUCAUAGUGCCCGUGGAGAUCGAUGGAACCGUACAUCAGGUAUACGUCCUGAAGCGACCGCACGUGGACGAGUUUCUGCAGAAGAUGGGCGAACUAUACGAGUGCGUUCUGUUCACAGCAUCACUAGCCAAAUAUGCAGAUCCCGUCGCCGAUCUGUUAGACAAGUGGAAUGUGUUUCGUGCAAGACUGUUUAGGGAAUCAUGCGUUUAUUACAGGGGUAAUUACAUUAAGGAUCUGAAUCGUCUGGGGCGGGACCUUCAGAAGAUUGUCAUUGUCGACAAUUCACCGGCCAGUUAUAUCUUUCACCCAGACAAUGCAGUUCCUGUUAAAUCCUGGUUCGACGAUGUCACCGACUGCGAACUGCGCGAACUGAUCCCGCUCUUUGAGAAGCUUAGCAAAGUUGAUUCCGUCUACUCGGUGCUCUGCAAUUCGAACCAGCCGCUGAACAAUCAGACCAACCAGCAGCAGCAUCCGCAGGAGCUGCAGCAGGCGCCGAACCAGCUGCAUCAGCAGCACCAACAGCAGCAGCAGCAACAGCAACAGACCAUCUCUGCCACGACAGUUAUUACCCAGGCAACCACUCUGUCUGCUCCGACCAUGUUGAACCAGCAGCAGACAAGUCCGCCCAGCCCACAAAGCGAGUUGCUGCAAAAGACGUAACAUCAGUGGGAACUAAUGUUUAUAAAUAUAUGAUAAAUUGUAUACAUAUUACAAGACCAAGCAAGCCGAUAAGCAAGCAAACAAAAUAUCCCUUUCCCAAGCAGUUCACUCAGUACCCCAGGACGUAUGGAAAUGGGGCGACGAGAUGAAACCAACUACCAAUUGCUAUCAACUAUAAUCCCCAGCUCGACACCUAGGCCUAAGCAUAAGUUUUAUAUGAUAUACAUAAUUUUUACAGAACCCAAUUUUGAACGGCACAUUUGUUAUUUAUUCUUGUUUUGCUCUAUCCCAAUUAUAAUAGUUAUUAUUUUUUGUGUUUUUUUUAAACAACUGCUUAUUGCUUACUGCGUUUUGCGGUACCCCAACUAAGGGGUAUAUUAAAUCCAAGCAUAAGCCUCUAUUUUUACCCAAUAAUCAUAACUCUGUAGGCAUAUUUAAUGGUAAACCAACUGAGCAAGCAAAAGAUUUAAAUGCAUAAAACAAAAAUGAUAACUAUACAUAUGAACAGAGAGAUAAAAUCAAAUUCAAAAUAGCUA